UUUGUUUCUUUAGCUAUGGAACUGGCUAAUUUGGGAUAAAAAAAAUUAAUUUGAAAGAAUAGGCCUAUUCACGAGCUAUUUGGCGUUCAGGGUUAUCCUGUGAGCACCUGGGCACUUACGUUAGUUUUAAAUAGCCAGUGACCGUACGCGGCGCCCAUGCGGCAGUGUAUCCGGGGGCUCUCAUGAGCGCCCCUCUACCUGAUACCUGGGCGAUCACCAAAGUGUGUUCUACCUCACCAUUACGGUUAGUGGUUAACGUACACUCAAGGCUUUCUUGCGCUUAAACUGAUUGGAAAACACAAAUGUCUUUCCCUACUGAAACAACAUUUCAAAGAACUGCUGUUACUUUAUCUGCAGACGAAAUUGCAUAUAUUUGUGAUUCUCUGCAAAAAAAAUCAACUAAAGCUGCUUUGCCUUAGGGAAUGCAAAUUGAGCAGUAAGGAUUUGGAUCAUAUUUUAAAAAAUAUUGGUUCAUGCCAGUCGUUACAACAAUUAACUUUAAGUAUUGGAAUGGUGACAACUUUAGAUCACAUUAAAUCAUUAUCACGUUGCUUACGUAAUAACAAAUCUUUGACUGGACUUCAUAUUCAUGGCAGUGAUAUUGGAGAUGCUGGUAUGCAUAUUCUUCACCAUUCACUCUGCAAUCAUCCUGGGAUUGUUUCCUUAGAUGUGGGUGACUGCAAGCUUGGUGAUAUGUCCAUUGAUGUCCUUUACUCUUUAAUGCUCCCUGCUAAUAACAAACCUGGAAUAACAGAACUAACUUUAAGUGAUAAUCCUCGGAUAAGUGCUCUAGGGUGGGCUCAAUUUGCCAUGUGUUUAGCCAACUGCAGUUCCCUGAAGUGGCUAUUUUUGGAUUACAAUACCCUUGGUGAUUAUGGUGCAAGUUGUGUUUUAGUGGGUAUGGCAGCCAGUCAAUCAGUAGAAAUAUUGGACAUGGAGGGAUGUGGCUUAACUGAACACUCUGGCCAAGCAAUCUUGCACCUUGUCCAGAAUCACCUUGGAAGUUUGAGUAAAAUGAAUCUUAGCAAUAACAGGAUUAGAAAAUCAACAAUUGCUGCAAUUAUGAAACAUAUUAACGAGAACAACUUACAAAACAUGGAUACUACGGGAUCAUUCAUUUCAGACGACAUGUUGUCUUUUAACAGUUCUUUGGUAAGUUAA